UCUCUCUGCUAUCAGUCUAUAUCACCUCGUCGGUGCUCAUACGCUACUGCUGACGUAGUACGCCGGUGGUACGAAACUUUUGUUUUAAGUGUUGAGUAGAAAAUUGUAUCUAACUUAUUUAAAUUUGUUACUUAUAGAAAAGUUGGAUGCUUACAAUUACUUCCCAAUUAUUUAGCAAGAAUGGCUGUAAACAGUGGAAUUUCGUUUAUACUUUCAUCAAUAUUGACAGUACUUAUAUUUUCUGGAAUGCAAAUAUACAAAACAUGGCUUAGUUCAUCACAGUUGGGAACUGUUUUGGGAGGAUAUAUUGGAUCCUUGUUAUUUAUAUGUACUCUAACUGCCAUGGGAAAUCUGGAAACCACUUUAUUUGGAAAGUCAUUUCAGCAGAAAUUAUUCCCAGAAGUGAUCUUUUCGUUGAUAUUAAGUCUGAUUGCUUCUGCCUUGAUUCAUCGUGUAGCUACAACAACUUGUUUUAUAUUUUCUAUGAUUGCUCUCUAUUAUGUGAAUCGGAUUUCCCAAGAGACAUAUAACAUGCCUGUACAGAAUCCAGUAACAGUGCAAUUAAAGAAACGCAAAUAAGUAUAGGAAUGUUUGUAAUCUUUUUACUAUUAUAUGAAAUAAUGUCUUAAGCUUCCAAUUUAUAAUUUUUAUAUUUCUUGUAAAAACUUGCAAUAUUUCUCUAGAAUAAGAGUGAUAACUUGGAAACUGUCUUGAAAAUAUAUUAAAUUCCAAUUACGCUAAUUGUCAUUAGCAGAGCUGAUAUUAAUUUUUAACAGGAGAGUGAAAUAUGUUUCUAUUUAAUGAAAUAUAUUCAAUUUAAUAUAAAUCAGUU